GGGUGUGUGUGUGUGUGUGUGUGUGUUCGUUCCCCUCCGACCAUUGCUGUUCUGCGCCUAUUUUCCUACUUGCUUCACUCACUCGGACAAUAAAUCACAGAAUUUCAUUCUCACGUUUGGUCCUGCUAACAGGCUGCGAAAAAGUGGCGACGCAGCGGGAAUUAAUACAGUUAUUAAAAUCAUUUCCAGCGGCGGAACGGUCCGGAAACGAGUCCCCGCCGAAGCCGGCGAGACGUGACGCGUCCGUUUAGAGGAAGGUGGACGUAUGAACGAAAGGUCACGUUUGCUUUAUUGGGGGCAAACGCUGAGUGUGUGUUUCGAAAGGAAGCGGAAACGCUCUGUUGUACUACGGUAUUUAUAUUCUAUUAUACUGUGUUGUACUCCAUUGUAUGUGAGCGUGGCCCCGCCCACCGCGCCCCCUUCGUCUGUCCUCGUCGGGUUAAUUAGCGUCCGCAUUGCUGUUUACGCCGGGGUGAACGCAGCUCGGUUACCGUGCUUUUACUGCACCGUUCCGUCUCCAGGCAACGGUCCUCACCACGACCGGUGCUGCGUGUUCGACGAGAGCAACAUGGUGGACGGCGUUUACUGCCACCCCAUCGGCCACUGGAUCGAGGCCGGCGGUCACACCGACGAGAUGCGCCACACCACGGACUUCUACUUCGGCGUGGCCGGACACCAGGCCAUGCACUUCUCCAGGAUCCUGCCCCAGCUGUGGUUGGGCAGCUGCCCCCGGCAGCUGGAACACGUCACCGUGAAGAUGAAGCACGAGCUCGGCGUCACGGCGGUGCUCAACUUCCAGACCGAGUGGGACGUGGUCAACAACUGCCAGGGCUGCCGGCGCAGCGCGGUCCAGGAGGUCACCCCGGACACCAUGGAGCAGCUGUACGGGGACUGCGGCCUCGUCUUCGUGUGGAUCCCCACGCCGGACAUGAGCACGCCAGGUAGGGUGCGCAUGCUGCCCCAGGCGGUCUUCCUCCUCCACGGUCUGCUCGCCAACGGUCACACGGUCUACGUGCACUGCAACGCCGGGGUGGGGCGCGCCGCCUCCGCCGUCUGCGGCCUCCUCAUGUACGUCCUGGGCUGGAGCCUGCGCAAGGUGCAGUACUACGUCACGGCCAGGAGGGCGGCGGUCUACAUCGACGAAGAGGCCCUGGUCCGCGCUCGGGGUGACUUCCUUCGCAAGUUCGGGAAAACGCAGUCGGGCUGGAACCCGGGGCUGUGAGCACCCGACCGUAGCUCGUCCCGCUUCGCGAAGAACAAACGCUCAUUUCAAGAACGUGGAGAGUAUUUUUGUGAGAUGUGUCACGUAGUACAAACUCACACCGAAAAUAUGUUUAAUGUAACAAAACUGAAUGGAAAAUGGAAAAAAAGAGAAUUUUUGUUACAUUGUGUCAGUUGUGUGACACUUUGCUCCAGGGUAAUUUACACUGAGCUACUUACCCCGAUUGAUAAACAGGGUCAUAGUGGAUUCAGCCUUCAUCAUAACGGGGUCCCGUCCAGCGAAAACCGCUACGGUGGCUUAUGAAGAGUGCGCCCGUUUACCACACAAUAACUGUGUUUUUCACUACAGUACGGUGGUAUUUUUCUUACAGACUCUACUCAGGAAUUUUCCUCGUCGCCAGCUGUCGUUCACUCCGCGAAGCUUCACGCUUCCGUAACGCAAGCAGCUGCGCCGGCUCCUGCCGUUACAAACAGACUAUGGAUUUUCGAAGGUAGACGUUUUAAAAUUUAUUUUGCGCUCAGUUGUAUUUUUCCUCAAUCGCUUCGUGCUCAAAAAUGAGUUUGUUGCAGUGGGCGUCGCCUGCGUUUCCCUGUCCUGCCUUUAGAUGGCAGUAAAGAGCACCCAAAUUCAAUAGCGGCGUGGGGUCGUUGACAUCUCUUGUUGUGCUUUUAUUUAUUGCGUAGGUAAUAAAGCAAAAUGCCUCACCUCAGUGUAUCCUUGGUACGUUCUCACAAAACACGUAAAGCGAGGGGAACGACGACGUCUUGCCGCUCUCGCUACCGGGCACCUGCUGUACCAUAUAUGCCGCUGCUCCUUAAGGCCUGGCAGG